AUGGAGCAAAGGAAAAACCGAGAACAUUUUCGCGCCAUAAUUUAUUACAACUUUCAGAGACAAUUAUCGCAACAAGAAUGCCUUGCUGAGUUACUGUCUGUUUUCGGCAACGAUGCGCCACAUCAGUCGACAAUUUCCCGUUGGUAUGGAGAAUUCAAACGUGGACGGGUGAGUCUUAGCGACGAUCCCAGGGUGGGUGCAAAAACGGCAAUUGAGGCGUCCUUGAAGAUCUCAAAUACCUCAAUUCAAAAAAUUUUACAUGACGAAUUAGAAACGCUUGACCGUGUCAAUUCCGGAAACCAAAAAAAUAUGUACAGCAUUGUUAGUGGUGAUGAAUCGUGGAUUUACUGUUAUGAACCAGAAAAUAAACGACAGUCGGCUGUUUGGGUGUUCCAAGGUGAAGAAAAGCCGACAAAAGUCAUCCGUUCUAGAAGUGUUUCGCAAAGGAUGGUCGCAUUUGUGUCAAAAGCGGGUCAUAUUGCAACAAUUCCUCUUAACGAGCAAAGAACUGUUACUGCGUAUUGGUAUACCACCAUUUGUUUGCCAAAAGUCAUCACCGAGCUUCGAAAAAUCAACCCCGAAAGAAGAAUCAUCCUCCACCAAGACAAUGCAAGCUCGCACACAGCCCAAAAAACAAGGCAGUAUUUAACGGAAGAAAACGUGGAAUUAUUGGACCAUCCUCCAUAUAGUCCCGAUCUAAGUCCUAACGAUUUCUUUACUUUCCCGAAAAUUAAAAACAGACUGCGUGGUCAAAGGUUCCAGUCAACAGAAGAAGCAGUUGACGCAUUCAAAAAUGCCGUUUUGGAUCUGCCAGCAAACGAGUGGAAUAAGUGCUUCGAAAAUUGGUUCGAGCGCAUACAGAUGCUUGUUUGGGCUCGUAUUGGCAACUAUCUUUGA